CAAAGUCCAAACCCGAGAUCGAUCGAUCAAGCAGCAAAUCAAGCCAAAGCCCACGCACUCUCAUUCGAUCUCGAUCCACUCCAAGCUCUCCGCGCCGCUCAUUCAAGCAUGUGCAAGGUCAUGCUGACGGUCCCCUCGCUCGCCUGGCUGCGCCGCGCGGUCCGGCGCUGGCGCUCCCGGGCGGCGGCGCGGCCUGCGGAACACUACAAGAAGACGACGGUGCCGGUGCCGGCGGGGCACGUGGCGGUGCGCGUGCAGGACGAAGGAGGAGCCGCGGCCGCGAGGUUCGUGGUGCGAGUGACGCAGCUGAGCCACCCGGCGUUCCUGGAGCUGCUCCGGGACGCCGAGGAGGAGUACGGCUUUCCCUCCGGCGCGUCGGGCCCCGUCGCGCUCCCCUGCGACGAGGCCCGGCUCCGCGACGUCCUCCGACGCGUUUGCUCCUCGGACUCCGGCUCCGGCUCCGGAUCCUUGUGCCGGCGCGGGGAGGAUUGUCACUCGCGGCGGCCGUUGCUGGGCGCCAUGGAUCAGAAGCUCGUCUCGUGAUCGAUGGUUCAAUAAUCGUGUGGGGGCCUGGUGGGGCGUGACUCUCUGUGCAGCACAAGAAAAGCUCCGAUCUUCAGAUUCGCGCGUCGAACUCUUCAGAAAGAGCGCAGCAGCACGUACGUGCGCGCGCCGCCGUGCCAUCUAUGGCAGCAUGGCACUGAGAGAAUGUGCCACCGGCCCCCUCAUCGACGUACUAUGCAGCUAGCAGCCAUGGCUGCGCGACGAAUAAUCGCGCGAGAGAAACAAACAUGCAUGCCGGUGUUCUUCGCAAACCUGUUGGCUGGGUGCUGAUGAGUUAUGGGGAGCGGUGGAAUUGGCCAAUUAUAUAGUGUGGUAUAUAUACCUCGAGUUGUUAGCGAUUUUUUUUAGGGAUCGUGAGGCUUAAUGGGUAACUGCUGGGAGUGUUGUUGAAGGUGAGGGGGGCCGGGGCCUCAUGUAGAUGUGGGGGGAACAAGCCAUCCUAGCUAACCAGGAGAACGUAUGUGUACAUCUAAUUAGAUCUGAAAACUUGAACCUCCCUCCUCUCUACUGGGUAUUUGGGUGUACCUGUGUUUAUGUACAUCACUGUGUAAGACAAAUUAUGAAAUAAGAUAGAAAAUGCAUGCAUUGGGAAUAUGCUAA